UGGGGACAGGCAGAUUGACAGACUGACUGUACACCAUAGUGGAUGCAGUCCCGACAAAUGAACAUCUGUUUCUCAUCCACUAUGCAUGCCUGAGUGGUGUCACUCAAUCGCAUCCACGCCUAGCCCAAACAUCUACGUCGACAUGCUGUGCAUGUCAUGUCCUCUCUGACAACGUCACCUCUCCCUGCUCCUUGGCGCAUUUGAGGGUUAUUCCCACGAAGGUGUCGACUUUCUAGGCGUAACCCUCACGUACGCCAAGGAGAAGGGAGAGAUGACACUGAGUCGACUGACUGGUGGCCUCUAACAGAAGCAGCAGACUGUGUCUGUCUAUCUGUCGUCCACUGUCAGCUCUAUUCUCUUCUCAAACCCCUUGGCCGGCCCAGAGGCCGCCCCUUGCCGCGACCGAAGGCCGCUGAGGUCAAUCUGCUGCGAAACCGCCGCCAAAAGAAUCAGUCCAGCACCCACAUAACCCUGAAUCACACCACACGCCACCACGGCAGAUGGGGGUCACACCGAUGAAAGACCAAGGCUCGUUAUGUGGCGGCCAGCGGACCUGAGCACCCAGUGUCUCUCCAAGGAGGAGGUUAGCGAAGAUGGCGCCCCAGAGCGGAUCGAGGGAGUAGAUGAUGGCCGCCCUCUCGGCACUCACGCGACGUUGACCUACAGUCUGCAGCCGACCACACCACCCGUCACGUCAGUCAGCAGAAAUGAAGCAGUGCCUGUCUGCGCAUGUGCACACCUGGAUGAAGUUGCAGAUGGCUGUUGUCACGAUGCCGAGAUAGAGGGCUGCACCCACUUGCCGGCCAACAUCUCGCAGCACGUCGGCUCUGUUGGACCCCUCCUCGCUGACGAGGGCCGUCCUGAUGCCGUCCAGCAGCUCCUUGGCUACGUCGCUGUGUCCGUGGUGGCCACCGGCGAGCAAUGGAUACCCCACCGUGACGGCAGCCCACACAAGACACAACACGGCCACAGUCGAGAGGCUAGUCGCGUUCAGAUCCACAGCACGGUACCUGCAGAGACAGCACCGUAUUGUGUGUGUGUCAUGAGGGUGUAUGGUUCCUUCCCUCAGUGCUGACUCACUUCCUGGCGGCCGCCUCCAGCCGCAGGAUGAACAUGGCCGACGCCAUUGCCGCUGCCACACUCCACAGGUCGCCAAUAUUGGGGGGCGAGCCGUCCGACGACAGCAGGGCAGUCCCCGCAAACGCCGUCAAAGCAGAUAGCCACGUGCCCUGUUCACAGCACAAGACACGGGAGAUCACCGAUAGGUGCAUGUUUGACGCGCCCCAGGUACGCGUACCGCCGAGAUGUGUCUUCCGAAGAGGAGUGCGGCAAGGAAGGGGACGAACUUGACGUUGAGGUAGAGCAGGAAGGCGCUCCUGCUGGCGGUCGUCUCCUGCAGCCCCACAGCUUGCAAGGCGUAGCCGAGGAACAUCCACAUACCCAGCUCACCGCCCGCUCGCCACACGCCUGUCCGAUCAUCCCGUUCCUCCCCUCCCACAACCCCGCUCUGAUGCCGCGUGGUUGGCAGCCAGGGAAGGAAGAUGAGAGCUGCGACGGCAAAGCGCAUCAGGUUGAUGAGGGCGGGGGAGGAGGCAACGGACGGGUCCACGGCGCUCUUGAUAACUGCAUGCUGGGUGCCCCACAACACUGUCACAGUGUUGAGCAGCAUCAGCUCCAAAAGGGGGAAUGCCGGCAGAUCGCUGGUAUGCUUGGGAUCUGACUUGCGCUGCUGCUGCCGUUGCUGCCGCUGUUGCUCCUCAAGCAGGAGCGGCAGCCGGUCACCGUCCUCCUCAUCACCGCUGCACGAGCUGCCCGUGUCGGCUCGCCGGCGGCCGCCGGCGGAAUAGGCCUCCUGGCGUUUCCUCAUGUGCUGUGGCAGCAUGAAGAGGGAGUCGCGUGGCCUGUGGCCGUACCGAAAGAGAGGCACGGGUGAGUUGAGGAAAGGCAGGGAAGUGAUGAGCAUCGGCGCCUGAGUCAGUGGUGGAGGCGCCAGUGAGGCACAGAGCAUAGAGAGAGGGAAGGGGGGCAGAGAGGACAAC